ACACCAAAUCCUCCGACAUAAUGUUGCUCUGGAUCCUGCUGAGUGUUUUCUGCGUCAUUGCAGCCCAGCCGCGCGGCGCCUCCUACUCGGGAGAGUAUGGCGGAGGUGGCGGUAAGCGCUUCUCACACUCCGGGAACCAGCUGGACGGACCAAUCACAGCCCUGCGGAUUCGCGUCAACAGAUACUACAUUGUGGGCCUGCAGGCCCGAUACGGCACGACGUGGUCGCAGUACGUGGGGGGAUCUUCCGGGGAUAUGGAGGAGAUCUUCCUGCACCCGGGCGAGUCGGUGAUCCAGGUGUCGGGGAAAUACUCCAGUUACCUCAGGAAGCUGGUCUUCGUCACCGAUAAGGGCCGCCACUUUCCGUUCGGCAAAGAUUACGGCACCAGCUUCAACGCCGUGCCCCUCUACCCCAACACCGUGCUGCGCUUCUUCAGCGGCAGCACCGGCUCCGUCAUCGACGCCGUCGGCUUCCACUGGGACUACCCCAUCAGCGGCUGCGUCCACUGCAAGAGCGACCAGAAAUAAGUGACCCGCAGAGCGUUCCUCCAACCCCUGCAGAGCAUCGCCACCACCACGUGCGGAGCGCCGCGCACCGGACAUGCGCCAAGUUAUUCUCCCAGCUCUGUGAGCAGCACUACCUCCUCUGCCUGAAAUAAAACCUGCAACAUCAACUCCA